AUGGCGACGAAUCACCUCCUGCCGUCGACGGCAUCAGCAGCGAUAUUCUUUAGAGCAUUGACAGCAGCCUCGGCAGCUCGAACAUGUCCACAUGCAGCGAGGAACUUUUCCUCGUCCGUCUUUCGCAAGGCGGCUUCGAAGAGAGAACUAUAUACAGCGCCAGCAUAUCGCCCUCACUCUAUGCCCGACUUUCCCAUGCCACCACGAAAUGAUGGGAUACCAGACACAUCGAUAGCUGGACCCAAGCCACAACUGAACGACACCCGAAGGCCCGAUCAAAAUGUUAUGCAAGAGGCUGCAAGCAUAAGCCUGCCAGAAAGAGAGGCGCAGAAAUCCAAGCCUGUGCCAGAACAAAGAUCAGAAACAGUCGCCUCAAGUACGGUCAGCACGACUAAGAAACCACGAAAGAAAUUGAGGCCAAGGAAAGCCGCGAUGAAUAUAUCAGCCGAUGCGCUCGAGCACUUACGGGAACUAUUAGAACAAGACAAGAAAAUGAUUCGAGUCGGCGUAAAGAACCGUGGCUGCUCGGGUCUCGCCUACCAUUUAGAAUACGUGGAUAAAGCAAAUGCCUUCGACGAGAUUGUCGAACAGGAUGGCGUCAAGGUUUUGAUAGAUUCCAAGGCACUGUUCAGCAUUAUUGGUAGUGAAAUGGACUGGCAAGAGGACAAGCUGAGCGCACGCUUUGUCUUCAAAAAUCCCAACAUAACGGAGCAAUGUGGUUGUGUCAAUCACUCUGACGCCCUCGUGUUUGUCUCCAGCACUCUCUGCAAAUGCUCUGUGGACUGGAUCGCCAUUCACAUAGUAAUUGCGAUCUUCCUUCGACUUGAAUUCCACUACGAAGCCAUGCGUGAAACCACCCUGUGGCUGAUCAGCUUUGCGGGUGUAGCCAAAACCAGAAGGAACGAACCUGAGCGCCUUCCGGACUAUUAUCAACACCACCAGAAGACGAGACUAUGUAUGGCUGAUCAUUUCUCGGAUGUAUACACUUCUCUUUCAAAUUGA